UUUUUUUUUUUGCAAAUACAUUCUGAAUUUUUAUAUUUAUUUACUGAAAAUAUCAAAAGUGUAUUAAAGUUGAACGCGCCGCUUCAGAGCGUAUUGCAAUUGACUGCAAUAAGGCGUGGCAAUACAAAAAUAAGAGGCAACAGCACAGAAAAAAAGACCGGCAGCAGCAGCUUCCACACACACACGCACACACACACACACACACACAUAUGUAGGUUAUUCUAUGAAAGUGUCGCUAAAAACAAGAAUCAUCUCCCAUUGUGCGUGUGAAGAAGCAGAGAGAGAGAGCGAGAGCGAGAGAGAGGAGAAGUCGGUGUCAUCAUCAACACAUUUAGGCCAUGAAGAACGUUCUGAUGGUGGCCGAGAAGCCCUCGCUGGCUGCCUCCCUGGCCGGCAUACUCUCCAACGGACGCUGCACGGCAAAGCGAGGCAACAACGGCUGCUCCACGCAUGAGUGGACCGGUCACUUCCGGAACGAGGGCAGCGUCCACUUUCGGAUGACAUCCGUGUGCGGUCAUGUGAUGUCGCUGGACUUUACCAGCAAAUAUACGUCAUGGGACAAGGUGGAUCCGGUGGAGCUAUUUGGCUGCACCACAGAGAAAAAGGAAUGCAAUCCCAAGCAGCAGAUGCGUUCGUUUCUUGCGCACGAGGCACGCGGCUGCGAUUAUCUUGUGCUGUGGCUCGAUUGCGACAAGGAGGGCGAGAACAUUUGCUUUGAGGUGAUGGACGCAGUGCAGCAUGUUAUACACAAUGUUUAUAGCCGCAAUGUGACAUAUCGGGCGCACUUCUCGGCCAUCACGGACAAGGACAUCAAGGGCGCAAUGGAAACGUUGGGACAUCCCAAUGAGAACGAGGCCAAGUCUGUCGAUGCACGCCAGGAGCUCGAUUUGCGCAUCGGCUGUGCCUUUACGCGCUUCCAAACGAAAUUCUUCCAGGGCCGUUACGGCGAUCUCGACUCAUCCCUCAUCUCGUACGGCCCCUGUCAGACGCCGACUCUUGGCUUCUGUGUAAAGCGGCACGAUGAUAUACAGACCUUCAAGCCGGAGACGUUCUGGUAUCUCCAGCUGAUGGCCGGCCAGCCGGAAUAUACGCUCGAAUGGGCGCGUGGGCGUGUCUUCAAAAAGGACAUUGCCAUCAUGCUGCUGAAUCGCGUCAAGGAGCACAAGGAGGCCACCGUGGAGAGCGUCAGCAGCAAGGAGUCGUUCAAGAGCAAGCCGCAGGCCUUGAACACGGUCGAGCUGAUGCGUAUCUGCAGCUCCGGCUUGGGCAUUGGCCCGUUUCAGGCGAUGCAAAUCGCCGAACGUCUCUAUACGCAGGGCUAUAUCAGCUAUCCGCGCACGGAGACCAAUCAGUAUCCGGAGAACUUUGAUUUGCAUGCGGUGCUGCGCGUACUGCAGCCAUCGGGCGAUUUUGGGGAGGAGGCGCGCGCCAUUGCCGGUGAUUUUCAGACGCCGCGCAAGGGCAAGGAUGCCGGCGAUCAUCCGCCCAUAACGCCCAUGAAGCUGGGCCAUCGCGGCGACUUCGAUCGGGACACCUGGCGCGUAUACGAGUUCAUUUGCCGCCACUUCAUGGGCACCAUAUCGCGCGAUCUGAAGUAUCGCACCACAACGGCCAAGCUGCGCGUCGGUCUCGAGUGCUUUACGUGCACGGCGAACGUGCUGCUCGACGCGGGCUUCACCAAGGUGAUGACGUGGCAGGCCUUCGGCAAGGAUGAGGCAAUGCCGCCCUUUGUCCAGGGCAGCCAGGUGGCCAUCAAUGAUGUGCGCCUAGCCGAGAGCCAAACCGGACCGCCCGAUUAUCUAACCGAAGCGGAGCUGAUCACGCUCAUGGAACAGCAUGGCAUCGGCACAGAUGCCUCGAUACCGGUGCACAUCAAUAAUAUCUGCCAGCGCAACUAUGUGCGCAUCGAAACUGGACGCAAACUGAUACCCACCACGCUGGGCAUUGUCCUGGUGCAUGGCUAUCAGAAGAUCGAUCCGGAACUGGUGCUGCCCACCAUGCGCUCCGAGGUGGAGCGCAUGCUCACACUCAUCGCCAAGGGCUCGGCCGAUUUCAAUGAUGUCCUGCGGCAUGCCAUCAAAAUCUUUAAGCUGAAAUUCAUGUUCUUCGUACAGAACAUCGCCAGCAUGGACAUGCUCUUCGAGUCUUCCUUCUCGCCGCUGGCCGAGUCCGGCAAGGCGCAUUCCCGCUGCGGUAAAUGUCGCCGUUACAUGAAGUAUAUACAGACGAAGCCGGCUCGGCUGUACUGCUCGCACUGCGACGAGAACUAUACGCUGCCCAAUGGCAAUGUGAAGGUGUAUCGGGAGUUCAAGUGUCCGCUGGAUGAUUUCGGCCUGUUGGCGUUCUCGACGGGCGUCAAGGGUCGUUCGUUUCCGUUCUGCCCGUACUGCUACAAUCAUCCGCCGUUCAGGGAUAUGCCCAAGUUUGGCGGCUGCAAUUCCUGCACGCAUCCCACCUGCCCGCACUCGCUCAACACGCUGGGCAUCUCCGGCUGUGUGGAGUGCGAGACGGGCGUGCUUGUACUGGACAGCACAUUGUCGCCCACCUGGAAGCUGGGCUGCAAUCGCUGCGAUGUGAUCAUCAAUUGCUUCAAGGGUGCCACCAAAAUCACAGUCGAAGAGAGCAAGUGCAGCGACUGUGGCGCUCAGCUGGUGAACGUCGUGUACAAAUCGGACAAGUCCAAGUUCAAGGAUGGCAGCGAGGAGAAAAGCGGCUGCAUCUUCUGCUCCACGGAGUUCGCCCAUCUGGUCGAAAAGCAUCGAGCAGUUGCCUCCCGUCAGGUGCGCAGCGGUGCGCCUCGUGGCGGCGGCCCUGCUGCCGCCGGACCAGGCGGCGCGGGCAAUGCACGCGGCGGACGGCAUGGCGGACGUCCGCCCAAGGAUAAAAUGGCACAAUUGGCGGCAUAUUUCGUUUGAUUUCAACUGCCACUGGCUUCCAAGCAUAUCGCUAACGACCAGCUCUAAUUCUCUAUAUAUAUUGCAUUUAACUAUGUAAGACGUAACGCUAAAUUAGUCUAGUCUGCGAGACUUGGCAGUAAUAAACGAAAUUUG